CUUAACACUUGACAGCCACUAACAGUUGAGCUUCUUACAGGAGUCAAAGAGACAAGUGUUUUAUAUUUUUCCAUGUAGUUUCAUUAAUCAUGUUCACUUUCAUAGGGCAUAGAAGACCAGACAAAGCCUUUGGUAUAUAAUUAGGUGGUGCUUCCUGUCUUCUCACGACUCCCUCUAUUGUCAACAUUUCCUGUAACUAGGAAGAUCACUUAUAAUCUUUUGGAUUUCCAAAUGGAUUUCCUCACCUGCAAUAUACAAAGGUUUGCUGUGGCAAAGGAAUGUAUCUUCAAACUGAGUGGACUCGUUUGCAGCCUAAUAGCUUUGGUGUUUGAAAUAAUCCUAGCAAGCAGCCGAUGCUGGCGCCUGUGGGAAUUUGACAGUAAGAGCGUGCAGUUCGUGUUUUUUGGACUCUGGGAAGCUUAUUACCCUCAAUCGUUUAACAUCUCUGGGUCUAUGAUCCGGAUUCUGGUGCACAGCCCUAUCAACUCAACAUGGACCAUCUCACCGGAAUUCCACUAUGCACAGACACUGAUAAUAUGGGCCGUUUUGUUGAAACCUGCAGUCCUAAUUUUCAGUGCAAUGGCUAUUAAGAUCGGCUGCAUGAAAGACUCAUUUGUUAAGACACAGAUAUUUUUGUACAAGACCUCUGCCUUGAUUUUGUGUAUUAGCAGCCUUUGCACAUUUGUUUCUGUGAGCUGGAACCAUAUUGUAGAUCUUUAUGGUCAAACCACACUUGAUUUUCCACCCAGCUUUCCUGUUAAGAAAGAUGCUCUUAUAAAGAAACACUAUACUGCUGCAUUCCCAAUAGGUGUCCUAACAGCUACCAUGUCACUCUUCGGUGUGAUUAUGUUCCUUUUUGAGAUGAGCUCUUUGAAACCACAGAGUGAAGUGGAGGUCCAGUGUGUUUCUAGACCAAUCAAUCAAAAGGCAUGAGGCAAGCCAGAAGACUGCUUAAAGAAUUUGUCCGUAUGCACAUAUUACUAAUGCAGUCAUCAAUAUGUUCCAAAUAAAACAUCAACUUGA